UCCCACAGCUAGUAGAGAGUAAGAAGACAUGGAAACGCAGUUAUCGAAGCCUAUGGACUUUUCUUGCAGUGUGAAAUAUCUUGGAAGUCAGAAUGCGAUGUACGCGCAAACUGGGACGCUGGAGAACAUCGCGCGUCUUUACCAAAAGGGUUGCGCUCUAAACGAGAAGGACACAAACGCAAAACUGACGGUAGGAAGAGACAAUGUGACAGUACUAUGUAAAAACACAGAGAAAACGUUCAAGUUACGGAAAAUUCUCUUCUGCGCAAGCUAUAAGAAGAUACCCAAGGUGGUCGCGUUUAACUACCAAGUGUGUUCGUCGCCCAAACGGCUUGAAUGCCACGCGUUUCUUUGCGCUUCGAACGAGGAUGCAAGAUGCGUCGUCGCCGCGCUAACGAUGGCGUUCAGAAUGGCUUAUAAAGAUCGGAGUUCGGGCGGAGUUUAUGAUGAUCAAACUACGAUGAACCCCAAGGUUUGGAACGUGGAUUCGGCUGAGGAGAAAGAAAUGAAAAUGAGUUUCGCUUUGCCGAGGAAGAUAGGUGAAAUCUUCGAUUCUCUAACCAAUUGUAUCACGAUAUCAAGUUAAUCUCAGGCCUAAGAGAAACUUUUAAACGUGGGGAAUAAUAUAAUUACGCAAGAGGGAUGAUCCUUUGAGAAAUGUUGCGGUUAGAAGACGUCUAGGACAUUGUGCGAGCCGGUUGAGCAUGUAAAUCGAACGUUUUUGCACCCCAAAAGACUUCUUUGCGCCAAGGAGUGGCUUAAAUGAACUAAAGACUCUUUGAAGAAAGCAGUUUGAGCAUAGACUUUUUCUGCUAGCGAAGAGACAUUCAGUUGUGAUUUUGCAAUUAAUCGAGAACAAUUGUUAGCAGUAAGCAUAGGCUGCGGUUCAUUUCACGUCACGAUUUGCAAUAACAGUAACUUCGACCUGUUUUGGAAGCGCUAUAUAUGGCGGUAAAACAGACGCGUAUCAAUAUUUGUAUCUUAAAAUAGUAAACCAACGCGUUUUGAGAGUCAAAUAAGACAUUGGAUAGAGACCUAAGCAAAUAGAGGCUAUGUGUUCUGCGAAAAACAAGAUGGAUUGUUAAUAAUGUAAAUUAAAAACUUACGAGCCUUGUAGCGAAUUAGGCUGAUCGAGAACGUUCUGUUGGAUACGGUCUGUCGGUCGAAUGUACCCCCUGCAUUAACUUGUGGUCAGUCAAAUGUCCUAAUUUCGCCCAUGGGGAUAUGAAGUUUUAUACAACUGUAACAAAGGAUUAAGCUCGGAAUGAGCUUUCAUGUACUACUUCAGAAAAGAGUUCGAGGGUUUUAUUUGUAAAUAGAAUGUCAACCGCCCUAAUGAAAAUUGAAUUAAAUAUAAAUGUAUCUAAGAUCGAUAUUUCGCAUAAUAAAAUGGUGUGUGAAUAGUGAAUAAACUCGUAAUUGCUAUACUGAUCUGUCUAUCCUCGGAGUAGUAGGGGAGUCUUCUAUACUC